ACUUCAAAAGUUCUGUUUUAUCUGUGCUUCUAGAAAAUUCGCGUAACGGAUGGAUGAAAUUCAUUGAACAUUGAAUAAUAAUUUUAAUACAGUGUCUGUAGUGGUUGAUACAUUGUCUGUUAAACAGUCUAGCUUGCGAUUUUAACCGGCGUUCUUUUUGCAAUUGAUUGACUGAUUGUCAUCUGAAGACAACGUGUUUGUGUUAAUUGAUUAUCAGUGAGAAACGAAAAAAUCCCUCGUUAAAUUGCAAUUUGUGUUAAAUAAUGGCUGCAAUGUCCGUAAUAGGUAUUGAUUUCGGCAACGAAUCUUGUUAUAUUGCGGUAGCAAAAGCAGGUGGCAUUGAGACAAUAGCCAACGAUUACAGUCUACGGGGUACACCGUCAUGUGUCGCCUUCUCUCCGAAAAAUCGUAUAUUAGGAGUAGCUGCAAAAAACCAAAUGGUGACAAAUAUGAAGAACACAGUCUUUGGUUUCAAGAGACUCUUGGGUCGAAAAUUUUCUGACCCACAUGUACAAAAAGAGUUAAAACAUUUCCCAUUCAAAGUUGAGCAAAGGGGAGAUGGUGGGAUUGGUAUUAGAGUUAAUUACUUAGGAGAAGACAAUGUUUUCAGUCCAGAACAGAUUACAGCAAUGCUGUUUACAAAGUUGAAGGACAUAGCAGCAACUGCGUUGCAGACACAGAUCAAUGACUGUGUCAUUUCCGUACCAAGCUAUUACACAAAUGCUGAAAGAAUGGCUUUAUUAGAUGCUGCAGGAAUAGCUGGGUUAAAUGUGUUACGUCUAAUGAAUGAAACAACUGCAACUGCUCUAACUUACGGUAUUUACAAACAAGACCUACCAGCUCCAGAAGAGAAGCCACGAAAUGUUGUUUUUGUUGAUUUUGGAUACUCAUCACUACAGGUGGCAGCAUGUGCAUUCAACAAAGGCAAACUCCGAGUACUGGCCACUGCUACAGAUCCCUAUUGUGGUGGACGAGACAUAGAUAUGGCUUUAGCAGAAUAUUUCUGUCAAGACUUCUUGACACGGUUUAAACUUGAUCCUAAGAAAAAUCAGAGGGCUUUCUUACGUCUCCUGCAAGAAGUUGAGAAGAUUAAGAAGCAGAUGUCUGCAAACAGCACUCGCUUGCCACUCAACAUUGAAUGUUUCAUGGAGGAGCGAGAUGUGUCGGGAGAAAUGCAACGCUCCACUAUGGAGCAACUCUGCAGUGAGACAUUCACCCGAGUGGAAAGGACUCUCAGGGCUCUUUUACAUAAUGCUAAACUGAGGCCAGAAGACAUCUAUGCUGUGGAGGUUGUCGGAGGGUCGACUAGGAUUCCCGCUGUCAAGAGUCUAAUUGAGCAAGUCUUUGGAAAACAUGCCUCAACUACUCUAAACCAGGUGUUCCCAGCUUUCCAUGCCGCACCAUUUUCAAAGAUGUUGACUUUCUACAGAAAGGAACCUUUCUCAGUCAGCGCCUACUAUUCCGAUCAAGUUCCCUAUCCGGAUAAUUUCAUUGGGCAAUGGAACAUUAGAGAUGUUCAACCGACGGGCGAGGGCGAGUCGCAGAAAGUGAAGCUGAAGGUGCGCGUGACGAUCCAUGGCAUCGUGACGGUGGCGUCCGCCUCGCUGGUCGAGAAGAAGCAGGACUCCUCUCAGACGGAUAACGUAGACAUGGAGAACGUUAACGAGAAGGAGAGCAAUCAGGAAGCGCCAAUGGAGACUAACGGGGCUUCGCAAGAGCAACAGCAAAAUGGCCCCGAAAACCAAGAGGUGAGAGAAGAUGACAUGAAGGGCGAGCCGCAGGAAAAACAAUCGUGGACACAGAGAGUAGGCCAGUGGUUCAGCGGGGAUAAGUCGAAGGACAAGAAUAAGAAGGUGCUGGUGAAGACGAUCGAGCUGCCCAUUGACGCGCGCACGCACGGCUUCUCGCUGCAAGACGUCAAUACGUACAUGGAACAAGAGGAAGGUGUUAUAUGUGACAGAAAAGAUAUGAGACAUAUAUUCUUUGCCACUCUGGCGAAAUUAGGUCGGAUCGCAAUAACUGACUUCGCGCUCGCCAUACAGCUCACCAACAAGGCCGUCGACCAGUACAAGUCCGGCGAGGCGAAGUACGCGCACCUGAGCGAGGCGGACAUC